GCUAUAAAUUAUAUAAGAGAGCACACGCAUGAGAUAAUAUACGGAUUAUCGAAUGUUGACGUAUGGAAAGUUUGGCGGAUGUCUUCUGUGGCCGGACAAAUAAAUUCCUUAUUUGGUAUUUUUUGUGCAAGAUUUUGUACACGUUAUAGUUACAUCGCUUUUAAUUACAUCGUUGAAUUACGCCGACCUUUUGCAAGAACAAGUAAAAAGUAUUAGGAGAAAAAUAGAAAAAUCUCACUGCAAGAGCAAAUCUUACGAGAGACUGAUUUGAAAAUUCAUUUAUUUUCUCAUUUCAGGAUAAAGAUACACAAGGAUUAUUAUUCUUAGGCAAAUGCAACAUAAGUUAUCGCCUCGGUUUAUCCAGAGGGAUGAAAAUUUCGCUCGAGGGAAGUGUGUUUUAAUAGAAACAAAAUAGAAUUAACUGAGGUGAAAAGAAGAGGUUCGAAAGUGCGUAACUCCAGAUUCCGUAACUUGUGAUGCAACGACGUGCUUCGACCGAGGAGGAAUCAUUAUCGUCGCUUAACCUUCGAUUAGCUGCAAUGAUCCAUCCGAAAUAGCAGGGGGUAUCGCGCGCAGACGGCGAAAUCUUGCAGCGACGGAGGGGUCAGCGGGUCGCCGAUAAUGUCUUUGUUCGAUAUGGAUUUUGGUAUAAAAGACUGCACCGGCCCGACAGACAGCAUGCGGCGAACAGCAUUGUAUCACAAUGAGGUGCGCAGUCGUUCUACUGGCUCUAGCAGCUUUCGGGGCAGCCAUACCCCAACAGCCGAAACAACGAGCUGCAGAUCAAGAGCUCCUGAAGAAACAGCAGGAUUGCAUUCUGCUGUUGCAACAGAUCACCCACCCGAUUCCGAACGAACAACUGCAAAACCUCGGCACCACCUAUGACAUCGAGAACAAUUACCACCAAUUCGAAAACCCGAUCCUUGUGAAAUACUAUGUCGGCGCCGUAAAGGCUGGUUUGGUUCAGCCCAAGGGCACCAUAUACUCUAACUCCGUCAGCCAGCUCCGCAAGGAAGUUUCCCUCCUGCACAGAGUCCUUUUGGGUGCCAACACCUACCAGACAUUCUUGAGCGUCGCCGCAUGGUCUCGCAUCCAUGUCAAUGAGGGACAAUUCAUCAAGGCCUUCUCCGGAGCUGUUCUUCAGCGCCCGGAUACGCAAGGCAUCAUCCUACCGCCCCAGUACGAAGUCAUUCCUCAGUACUACUUCGACUCCAGAAUCGUCCAGGAAGUUCAGGACAUCGCCGCACAACAACACCAGAACACCGGACAAUCCACUUAUGUACAAAACGGCCAAACCCAUAUUGUCAUCCCGGUCAACUACAGCUCGCAUUUACCCCAUAGUGAACAUCAGCUCUCCUACUUCACGCAGGACGUCGGCCUUAGCAACUAUUACGCCUUUGUGAGCCUCGGUGGAUACUUAUUGGAUCAGCACGGCCCCCAACAGCAGACCCCGGUGCAGUACCAGCAGCAAGGCAUUUCCCAGAGCCAGGAAGGUCAGAACGGCCGGGGAUCCCGUUACUACUACAUCCACCAGCAGCUUUUGGCCCACUACGAGCUGAACCGUCUCGGAGCUGGACUCGGUCCCAUCUACAACACCGAUUACGUGCACAUUAAGGCGCCGUACCAGCCGCACCUCCGAUAUGAGAACGGCCUCGAAUUCCCUGGACGCCCUGAAUACCUCGAGUUAUCCUCCUUGAAGAACCACCUCGCCAAGACUGUGAAGAUCCUCGAAGAAAGACUGAUCGCCGCUAUCGACUCCGGAUACGUCCUCACUCCGCAAGGCGCUUUCCUCUCUCUCUACCAGCCGCAAGGUUUGAACAUCCUUGGAAAUAUCAUCGAGGGAACCGGCCGUAGCAUCAACCCAAGGUACUACGGCAGCUUACAAGCCGUCGCUCGUCAACUCCUCGGCAACGCCCCCGAAGCGCUCAACAUCUACGACUACACGCCCUCCGUUCUCGAGUUGGGACCGGUCGCCGUACGUGACCCAGCCUUCUACCAGCUCUACAAGAAGGUCAUUCAUUUGUUCCACCAUUACCAGAGCUCCCUGCCCGCGUACCAGUACAACGACGUCCUGCUGCACGGCGUCAGCAUCCAGAACGUCGAAAUCUCUCCGCUUGUGACCUUCUUCAACGACUACUACGUCGACCUCGACCAAGCUACGGUCCACAACGCGCAACACCAGCAGCAGUCCACGAAGCCGCACAUCCAGGCACAGCUCAAGAGGUUGGACCACAAACCGUACACAUAUACCAUCACCGUCCAGAGCGAGAACACCGUACCUGGCGCUGUUGUCCGCGUCUUCUUGGGACCGAAAUACGACUACCAGGGCAAGCCCAUCAGCAUUUCCCAGCACAGGCAUCACUUCGUUGAGCUCGACCAAUUCGUAACUGACCUUGACCAAGGACAGAACACAAUCACCAGGAAGUCCCACCAGGCACCAGGCCAGAGCUUCGACUACCCGUCUAUUCAGGAGAUCCAGCAGUGUGUCAGCGGCGCUAUUCGCUCCCAAGAGCCGUUCUACAUCACCGAGCCCAACCAGAUCUACGGCUUCCCAGCUAGGUUGGCUAUUCCCAAAGGUCAUCCUGAAGGAUACCCGCUUCAGUUGUUGGUCGUGAUCUCCCAGCCCGGACAGCAGAACGUACCUUAUGGACCAGUGAUCCCCGAGCAAUACCAGACCUACCAGCACACCGAAUACCACGUGGUCAAUACCGAGGAUUAUCCCCAGCAGAUCCAACAGCAGAACGGCAAGGUCGCCGGAGUGAAACCGACCGUGGAGGUUGUGCCCGACUCUCUCCCGAUCGGCCAGCAACAAAGCCAAGUCGUGAGGAACCACUACGUUAAUAUCUAUAGCCAGCAGCACGGACAGUACCCAUACACGCACACCCAGUACCAAGUCGGCCAAGGCCAAAACAUAUACGGCGUGCAGGGUCAGCAGCAGUACUACGGACAACAAGGACAACAAGGCCAGCAAGGACACCAGAUGAUACACCAAGGACAACAGAGCCACCAGGGACAACAGGGACAGCAAUACCUUCAAGGACAACAGCAAUUCGGACAGAGCCACGGCAUCUACCAAGGACAACAAGGACAACAAGGACAACAAGGACAACAAGGACAACAGUACCAACAGUACCAACAGUACCACGGCCAGCAAGGCAAGCUCGGAGUCGUCCAGAGCGGACUACCCAGUGGUGCGCAACAAGUAGUACAAGGAAUACAACAAGGAGUAAAGGGAAUACCGAGCAACGUAUACGGCGGCACUCAACAAGGCAAAUACCACGCAACCUACCAAGGACAGAGCCAGCAAGGGCAAGGAUACGGCGUAGGAUACUACGGUAGCGGACAGUACCACCUCGGUGGCUACCAGGGCAUCUCCGGACAGAUCCAACAGCAUAAGAUACAAGAGGGACAGAUGAACGAAUACUACCAGAACAAGCACAUCUCCGAGAUCAUCGGCGGUGCAAUCUCCCUGGACGGCAAGCCCUACGGCUACCCGUUGAACAGACCGCUGACUCCUGGCGCUCUCUACGUUCCCAACAUCCACGUCCAGACCGUCUACGUUUACCACGAAGGACAACCCACCAACGACGUGUACUACCAGUAAUCAGUGUUCCUAUCAGACCAAACGCGUAACGGCAUCGCGUAACGAUGUCGAGAGCUAUUCGCUGUUUUCUCGUUCAAUGAUCAAGAAUUAUCGAUGUGUCAAAGUAGCAAAUGCAAUUAAUAAAUUGCCCUAAAACGCACAUGUUUCGAAAUCGACUUCUUUCUUCUCUCCUAAACUCUCUUACCAACGAAAAGCGCGCACACAAGUCGGGAUUAACGCAAUGAAUAAGACACAGUCUUUCUUUCUCUCUUCCUCCCUGCCGCUUUCUCUCUGUCUCUUGCGCAAGUAUAAAUAUUACUUUAUUAAAAAAGUGUACUGACUUCCCGGAGAUCAUGGCUAAUGCAAAUCCGUCGCGACGCGAUUGCGCGCGACUCCAUUCGUCGUUGCCGCUCGUUGCCACCGUCCGAAGGCAC